AUGUUACGUCGUACACUUUACACCUACUGCGCCAUCUUGGUGCCUCGUUUCAUUAGUGCCGAUACCUGUUCGACAAUUGCAAACCUCGGAUACAUCGAAGUCACACAUUCUCUCGACUUAGCUUACAUCGAAGAACAAACCCAAUACUGGUCGACGUCAUGCUCUGCUCUUUUGCCGUCAUGCAUCAUCUUCCCAAAGACGACAGACGAGCUGUCAGCAGUGAUGCAAAUCCUUGCUAAUACACCCGAGCACUUUGCCGUCAAAUCUGGGGGACACAACCCAAACAAUGGCUGGAGCAGUGUUGCUGGCGGACCGCUCAUUGCUAUGGACCGUUUCGACCAGGCCAAUCUAAACAGCAGCACAGGAAUUAUCGAUGUCGGCCCCGGGAAUCGAUUGGACAGCAUUUCUGCUAAAUUGCAGGGCACUGGGUGGACGUUUGUUGGUGGACGUAUUGGUAACACUGGAGUUGGCGGCCUGGUCCUCGGUGGAGGACUUAGCUACAUGUCAACCCAGUAUGGAUGGUCUGCUUCAAGUGUGCUCGAGUACGAAAUGGUGUUUGCCAAUGGCACAAUUGGCUAUGUUAGAAAAGACAACCACCCGGAACUUUUCGUCGCACUUAAAGGAGGCGGCAACAACUUCGGGAUCGUCACAAAUUAUAAACUGCAAGGACGUCACCAGGAUGCCCAACUGCUACAGGCUGUGCGAGAUUGGACCGAGUACAACGAAGAUGACAAGGCGGCCGUCAUUGUCACUGCCGAACGAACAAAUAUCAACAUUGUGGAUUCUUGGAUCAUAUUCCUGUUCUAUGACGGCCCGGAACCUCCGACAGGUCUCUUCAAGAAUUUCACCGAUGUCAACCCUGUCCUAGACACGACGCGCACACGGACCUAUGCGGACUUGAUGGCGUCGAGCAACUGGGUUGUAAUUAAGGGGAACGUUGUUGACAUCGCCACCGAGACGAUCCCGCUUCCCUCUAAUGCCAAUGCCGUCGAGGUCAUGGAAGGCCUACAUAGCCACUGGCGUGACAUGUCUGGAACCACACUUCUUGUGCCUGGCAUAGUCGCAUCCAUUGCUUGGCAGCCUUUUCCGAAAAGAAUUGCACAAAAGGCUCGCGAGCUCGGUCCUGACCUCAUUGAUGCUGACGCCAACGUUGACAGAAUAAUCAUCGAAAUGAAUUACGCCUUCACCCCCAAGAGUCUGUACGACAAGAUGGCCGACACCAUGGAAGCAACUUAUACCGGAAUUCGUAAUAGGGUGCUGGCAUGGCAAGCAGAAAACAAGCUCCCGCAAUCAUAUUUCCCUAUCUUUAUGAACUACGGAUUCUAUCGCCAGGACUAUUUUGGGAGGCUGAAGCCCGAGAGUCGUGCGCUUGCGAAAAGGGUUGCAGACACCGUCGAUCCGACGGGCCUUUUCCGCACACGAACUGGAGGCUGGAAGCCUUGA